GCGGUCCUGUCAACGUCGACGCGCCCUGUGGCCAUGGCUUCGUUCGUGAAGGAAGUUCUGGCACACUCGGGGCGUCUAGAGAAGGAAGACCUGGGCACUCGGAUCAGCCGGCUGACUCGGCAGGUGGAGGAGAUCAAGGGUGAGGUAUGCAGUAUGAUCAGCAAGAAGUACAGUGAAUUCCUGCCCAGCAUGCAAAGUGCCCAAGACUUGGUUACCCAGGUGGAUAAGCUAUCUGAUGACAUUGACCAGCUGAAAGCUCGGAUAGAGAGUGAGGUCUGCCGAGAUCUUCACGUAUCAACUGCUGAAUUUACAGACCUGAAGCAACAGUUGGAAAGAGACUCAGUCGUCCUGAGUUUGCUAAAACAGCUACAGCAGUUUUCCACUGCUAUUGAAGACUAUAACUGCGCGCUAGCAGAGAAGAAGUAUGUCAGUGCCGCGCAGCGUCUGGAGGAGGCACAGAAACACUUGAAGUUGUUAAAGUCCAGAAAGUGCUUUGACUUAAAAAUGUUGAAAUCUCUCAGCAUGGAGCUGACCAUACAGAAACAGAACAUCCUUUAUCACCUUGGAGAAGAGUGGCAGAAGCUGAUUGUGUGGAAGUUCCCACCGUCAAAAGAUACCAACAACUGGGAAUCUUGCCUGGAGACAGAACUUCAUUUAUGCACCGAGUCCCUGAAAGAGGAGAAGAACCCUAUGCCACCUAUCAGUUCUGUUCUCUUGGCAUUUUCUAUUCUUGGGGAGCUACGUGCCAAGCUUAAGUCCUUUGGUAAGAUGCUGCUGAAGUAUAUCCUUAGGCCUCUGACAUCCUGCCCAUCCCUUUACGCUGUGAUAGAAAGUCAGCCCAGUGUCGUUAUCUUUCGGUUUGAAUCCGUGAAGACUGAUUUGGAACAUCCAUCACCAUCAGAAGUUUUUACAAAAAUCAAACUUGUAUUGGAAGUGCUCAAGAAACAGCUCCUAGAUUUGCCUCUUGAUGCUGAGCAAGACAAUGAAAAAACACCUGCGAUCCUAUUGGCUGAGAUGCUUGGUGACCUGAUCUGGGAGGACUUGUCUGAGUGCCUCAUUAAAAACUGUCUGGUGUAUUCUAUCCCAACAAACAGCAGCAAGUUACAACAGUAUGAAGAGGUAAGGGUAGACGUAGCACAGAAAGGUGUGUGUAUUACGCCUGAUUCGAAGAUAAGCGUGCCAGACUUGCCCAGUCCUGGUGAGGAUAAGAAGCCAGACAUUCAGAAAGUGGUCAGAACACAGCGAGAGGAGGUGGGGAGUCUAGAGCCUGGCAACUCGCUGGACCGGCACUCCUUUUCUUUGCCGACGUGCCGCAUCAGUGCCUCUGUGCAGAAAUUAAUGGAACUCGCCUAUCAGACUUUACUCGAGGCCACGACCAGCAGUGAUCAAUGCGCGGUUCAGCUUUUCUACUCAGUAAGGAGUAUCUUCCAUUUGUUCCAUGAUGUUGUACCCACCUAUCACAAAGAGAACCUUCAAAAACUGCCCCAGUUGGCUGCCAUUCACCACAACAACUGUAUGUAUAUUGCUCACCACCUGCUGACCCUUGGGCACCAGUUCACUUUACGGCUCGCCCCCGUUCUUUGUGAUGGCACUUCUACGUUUGUGGAUCUUGUCCCUGGCUUCAGGAGACUCGGGACAGAGUGCUUUUUGGCUCAAAUGCGGGCCCAGAAAGGAGAACUUCUGGAGAGACUGUCAAGUGCUAGGAACUUUAUAAACAUGGACGAUGAAGAGAAUUAUUCUGCAGCAAGCAGAGCGAUCCGGCAGGUCCUGCACCAGCUAAAGAGACUUGGGGUUGUGUGGCAGGAUGUCCUCCCAGUGAAUAUCUACUGCAAGGCCAUGGGGACUUUACUCAAUACGGCACUUUCCGAGACCAUUGCCAGAAUCACUGCCCUCGAGGACAUCUCUACUGAAGACGGUGAGCGAUUGUAUUGCUUAUGUAAAACCUUGAUGGACGAAGGACCCCAAGUGUUUGCACCUCUAGCUGAAGAAAGCAAGAACAAGAAAUAUCAGGAAGAGGUUCCUGUCUACGUGCCAAAAUGGAUGCCUUUCAAAGAGCUCAUGAUGAUGCUCCAAGCCAACCUGCAAGAAAUUACAGACCGGUGGGCAGAUGGAAAAGGUCCCCUGGCAGCUGCAUUCUCCCCGAGUGAAGUGAAAGCUUUAAUCCGCUCCUUGUUCCAGAACACAGAAAGAAGAGCAGCUGCCCUUGCUAAGAUUAAAUAGAUCCACCUGAGAAAGCCAGGUUUCAACCACGUGGAUUCCUCUCGGCAUGACUCCAAAGACUCUUUGGAAUCACCCAUUGGUUUUGGCUCAACCAAUAUAUCACACUAGUGUGACUUUAUUGAAGAACACCGUACCUCUUUGCCUGUUAUGAGGCUUUGUGGGAGAACUGGGGGCUAGAGAUAAGACAUGGAGCGAAGCACCUCAAUUUUUUCACCCUCGAGCCACCUUCCCUCACUAAGGAACUCGGGCAGCAGCAGUGUUUCAUACUGCUUUCAGGACCUUGGACCAAGGAAUCCAGGAGAGUCCUAGAGUUAGGCUAAACAAGUUGUAAGCAUAAACAUGAAAUAUUUGUGUGUGUGUGUGUGUGUGUGGUGGUGGUGGUGGUGGUAGGAGAACCGUUUGAUUUGCAGGAAGACUUCCUUUAAUAGUUCUUUCUAAUAAAUACUGCUUUCCAGA